AUGUUUUCAACUAAUGAGCGCAAUAACGAUGUUUCAACUUAUACUCUAUCUUUAGAGAGGGUGAGCCUGCCGUUCAAGCUCUAUUGCCUGACGGUGAUGACCCUGGUAGCGGCCACUUAUAAUGUGGUUGUACGCUACACGAGGAUCGCUUCGGCCGAAAUAAUGUACUUCUCCACCACCGCCGUGUGCAUGACCGAAGUCAUCAAACUCAUACUAAGCAUUGGCAUGCUGGCAAGAGAAUCGGGAACGCCGUCAAAGCUGCUGGCUGACAUAAAAGAGCAGGUGUUGUGCAACCCUGGAGGGUUGCUGAAGCUUAGUGUACCCUCUGUGGUUUAUGCCGUGCAGAACAACAUGGCGUUUGUUGCACUGAGCAACCUUGAUGCUGCAGUUUAUCAGGUGAUCUAUCAGCUGAAGAUCCCAUGCACGGCGUUGUGCAUGGUCAUUAUGCUAAACCGGUCCCUCGGCAAGAAACAGUGGUUCUCCAUCUGCACGCUCUGCGUGGGAGUCAUCCUAGUACAGUUUAAGCCCGUCGAGGCCACCAAAGUCAAAGUUGAGCAAAACCCUUUUCUUGGGUUCAUGGCCAUCGUUGUCGCUGUGUUCUGCUCUGGGUUCGCAGGUGUGUACUUCGAGAAGGUGCUGAAGAGUUCCGACACGUCCCUGUGGGUGAGAAACAUCCAGAUGUAUUUGUCGGGUAUCGCCUGCACUCUGAUGGGCGUGCUGUUGAACGAUGGAGAUAAGGUCAUCGAGCAUGGCUUCUUUUACGGUUACACUCCUUGGGUGUGGUUCGUUGUAUUCAUGGGCAGCGUGGGAGGCCUGUACACAUCCAUUGUGGUCAAGUACACGGACAACAUCAUGAAGGGUUUUUCCGCAGCGGCAGCCAUUGUUCUCUCCACCGUGGCUUCGUUCUUCUUGUUUGGAUUGCAUAUAACGUCCACAUUCUUGUGCGGAGCCAUCCUGGUCUGCGCAUCCAUCUACCUGUAUGGCCUUCCAGUCAGCAAGGAAUGUGCAGACACGGAGUCCAAACAGAAACCAAUCACGGUGUGA